GAGUUAGGGUUUGCGAUGCAUUUUACAAAAAUGAAAUUGGCUUGUUUUGUUGCAGUUGUUUACGCGUUUGGAUUAGUUGUAGACGGUGCAUCCAUUGAUAUAGCAUUCGAUGAUAUAUACGAAGUUGUUUGGGGAGGCGAUCAUGUUAACUUCCUCAACGAACGAAGAGAUGCUCAGCUCUGGAUGGACCCUGCUUAUGGAGCUGGUUUCGGAUCGAAGCUCAACUACGGAUCAGGAUUCAUUCACAUGAGAAUCAAGCUGCCUGAUAAGGACUCUGCAGGAGUUGUUACAGCAUUUUAUCUAACUUCAAACUCAAGUAAGCAUGAUGAGUUAGAUUUUGAAUUCUUGGGAAAUAGAGAAGGUAAACCAAUCACAUUGCAAACAAAUGUGUUUGCACAUGGGGUUGGAAAUAGAGAACAAAGGACUUUGUUGUGGUUUGAUCCCACUGCUGAAUUCCACACCUACAAAAUCCUAUGGAACCUUUACCAAAUAGUAUUCUACGUGGACGAGAUUCCGAUUAGGGUGUACAGAAACAAGAUGGACAUUGGGGUCCCGUACCCGAACCAGCCAAUGACCGUGCAGGUCAGCUUGUGGAAUGGAGAGGAUUGGGCAACAGAUGGAGGGCAAACUAAGACCAAUUGGUCUAAUUCACCUUUCAUUGCCCAUUUUCAAGGUUUUCAUUUUGGUGCAUGCCCAUUGCCUAAAACUGCAGUAGAUGUUGAGCCUUGCUAUCAAGAUCUUUCAAACUACUGGUGGAACCGUAGCAAAUAUUGGCAGUUGAGUGGGAAAGAGCAGAGACAAUUCAAUGAAGUGAGACAAAAGUAUUUGAAUUAUGACUAUUGUGAUGACACAAGCAGGCAUCCUACUCCUCCCCCCGAGUGCCAAUUCAAUAAAUAGUAGCACUACUACUAGUAAUUUGUAUUUAUAUAUAUGUAUGUGUGUGUUUAUCUUGAGAAGUUAUUACCUUCACUUCUUUCAUUUUGAACUAGUUUUUGUUAUCAACAAUCAACAUGUAAAUUUAAUUAUACUCCAUACUAGAAGCU